GAAGUACUCCAUCAUCGGCACGUAUCAGAACGGGAAAAACCACAAGGGCACAACGACGGCGAAAACUACUAGAAGAGGAGGAUCAAAAAAUGACGAUUUGCGACGUGCGUUGCCGUUGUAAGAACAGCACAACAAGAACAUGUAAUCUUCUACUUUGGAAGAAGAACUACGCAGUCGAGAUAUUAAGUAUAUAUGUUGGUCUUCCUGAUCCACCUCUUCGAACUCCUGUUACAAGACACAGCCCACUUCUUUAUAGGAUACAAUAUAGAAGUAGAACUUGCCUAUAUCAUCUUCUUGUUGACGUGGCAGAGUGAAGUAAGUAGUUGCUUGUUUAUUAUAUCUUGAAGCAGAGUUGUUCGAGUUGUCCUCGUGGUCCUAUUCCUCUUCUUGCUGGUGUAUUUUCUCCAACCCGUAGCAGAGUUCUCGUGGUCCUAUUCCUCUUCUUGCUGGUGUAUUAUAAUCUCCUCCAACCUGGUGGCAAAGAUGGAGUUUUCUUUUUUCUAGUUAGGUCUGCUCCGCCACAAAUAUACAUCACAAUGAAAAUAAUGAACCAACAAAAUUCAGAAUUAUCAGAUUGCUAUUGAACUUACUCCAGCUCCACCAUUACAUAGUGUCGUCCCCCGAAAACGAAACCCAAACACGACGUGAAGAAGAGCCCCUUCUUGUGACGAUGUAAAGGUUGAAGCAAAAAGAUUAUUUCUGACCCCAGAUCUUCUAUUGUAUACAACGGACGACAUUAAUUUUAGCAGUCGUCACAUCAGACGCACAUACUAGAUAGGUCUAUUAAUCGUCCCACCACGUAACACGUUCUAAAAACACGAAAAAUUUUUUAUGAAAUAAAGCAAGAUGAAGAACUAUGACUAGUAAUAUGUACUAACAAGAAGAAGAUGAAUGUUGUCUACUAGCUGAUCAUGAAGCAAGAUGAAAGCAAACAU